GAGCGCACCGGAGUGUAGAUCAGGGAAAGGGAAGGGGCUAGCCAACAGUUUAAGUGGUUAAUUUAUAAACAAAUAAAUAGGCACAUUGGGUAGUGAGGAACGCUGGUCAGUGGGGAAACCGCCAUCGGACGCGUUCCGGCCACCUUUGGGUGCCAGGAGAGAGUCUUGGUGGCGUUUCAGAGCUGUUCCCUCUUUCAAAGCGGCGUGCCGAGGGAGGACGCGUCUCUUUGAAUAGACAGGAUGCACGGACCGCCUUCCAGCGACAGCGCAUGCCCACUGCGCCUCAUCAAGAGAGUUCAGUUCGGCAUCAUCAGUCCAGAUGAGCUUAAACGGAUGUCUGUCACAGAAGGGGGCAUCAAGUACCCUGAGACCACAGAAGGUGGGCGCCCAAAAUUGGGUGGUCUCAUGGACCCCCGACAGGGUGUAAUAGAACGAUCAGGCCGGUGCCAGACAUGUGCAGGUAACAUGACGGAGUGCCCCGGCCACUUUGGUCACAUUGAGUUGGCAAAGCCAGUCUUUCAUGUUGGCUUCAUAACAAAGAUCAUGAAAGUCCUCCGCUGCGUCUGUUUCUUUUGUUCCAAAUUACUGGUUGAUGCGAAUAAUCCAAAGAUCAAAGACAUCCUGUCAAAGUCGAAAGGCCAGCCACGAAAACGUCUGACCCAUGUAUAUGACCUGUGUAAAGGCAAAAACAUCUGUGAGGGUGGGGAAGAGAUGGACAACAAGUUUGGAGUUGAGCAACAGGAGAAUGAUGAGGACAUCACUAAGGAGAAGGGACACGGUGGCUGUGGACGGUACCAGCCACGUAUCCGGCGCUCAGGUCUGGAAUUAUACGCUGAGUGGAAGCAUGUGAACGAGGACUCUCAGGAGAAAAAGAUUCUCCUCAGCCCUGAGCGUGUCCAUGAGAUUUUCAAACGCAUCUCAGAUGAGGAGGACAUCAUCCUGGGCAUGGACCCCAAAUAUGCACGGCCUGAGUGGAUGAUCGUCACCGUGUUGCCUGUGCCCCCCCUCGCUGUCCGACCUGCUGUUGUCAUGCAGGGGUCUGCUAGAAACCAGGAUGAUCUGACCCACAAGCUAGCUGACAUUGUAAAAAUUAAUAACCAGCUUCGACGGAACGAACAAAGUGGAGCUGCCGCACACGUUAUAGCAGAAGACGUCAAGCUUCUGCAGUUCCAUGUGGCCACAAUGGUGGACAAUGAGCUGCCUGGCUUACCUCGAGCAAUGCAAAAAUCAGGCCGUCCACUCAAAUCCAUCAAGCAAAGACUGAAGGGUAAAGAGGGGCGAGUGCGAGGUAACCUGAUGGGAAAGCGUGUGGACUUCUCUGCCCGAACCGUCAUUACGCCUGACCCCAACUUACAGAUCGAUCAGGUGGGCGUCCCUCGUUCCAUCGCUGCCAACAUGACCUUCCCAGAGAUUGUCACACCAUUUAACAUCGACAGGCUCCAGGAGCUUGUGAGAAGAGGUAACAGUCAGUAUCCAGGAGCCAAAUACAUCAUCCGUGAUAAUGGAGACAGGAUUGACCUUCGGUUCCACCCCAAACCGAGUGAUCUUCACCUUCAGAUUGGAUAUAAGGUGGAACGACAUAUGUGUGAUGGAGACAUCGUUAUCUUCAACAGACAGCCUACAUUGCACAAAAUGUCUAUGAUGGGCCACAGGGUUCGAAUCCUGCCCUGGUCUACAUUCCGACUUAAUCUCAGUGUAACAACCCCGUACAAUGCUGACUUUGAUGGGGAUGAGAUGAACCUGCACUUGCCCCAGUCACUGGAGACUCGUGCUGAGAUUCAGGAACUGGCAAUGGUGCCUCGUAUGAUCGUCACACCCCAGUCCAACAGACCUGUCAUGGGUAUCGUGCAGGACACACUCACUGCAGUGCGCAAGUUCACAAAGAGAGAUGUCUUCUUAGAGAGGGGGGAAGUGAUGAAUCUUCUGAUGUUCCUCUCCACCUGGGAUGGUAAAGUGCCACAGCCAGCCAUCCUGAAGCCAAGACCUCUCUGGACUGGCAAACAGAUCUUCAGCUUGAUCAUCCCAGGCCAUAUCAAUGUCAUUCGUACGCACAGUACCCAUCCGGAUGACGAGGACAGCGGCCCCUAUAAGCACAUCUCUCCUGGAGACACAAAGGUGAUUGUGGAGAAUGGUGAGUUGAUCAUGGGGAUUCUUUGUAAGAAGUCCCUUGGUACCUCUGCUGGUUCCCUUGUGCACAUCUCAUAUCUGGAGAUGGGUCAUGACAUCACUCGCCUCUUCUACUCAAACAUCCAAACUGUGGUCAACAACUGGUUGCUCAUCGAGGGUCACUCCAUUGGUAUUGGUGACUCAAUUGCUGAUGCUAAGACAUAUCUUGACAUUCAGAACACUAUUAAGAAGGCCAAGCAAGAUGUGAUAGAGGUCAUUGAGAAAGCCCACAACAAUGAACUGGAACCCACUCCAGGUAACACACUAAGGCAGACCUUUGAGAACCAGGUCAACCGUAUUCUGAACGAUGCUCGAGACAAGACCGGAUCCUCUGCGCAAAAAUCGCUGUCUGAGUACAACAACUUCAAGUCCAUGGUGGUGGCUGGAUCCAAAGGAUCUAAAAUUAACAUCUCACAGGUUAUUGCUGUAGUGGGGCAGCAGAACGUUGAGGGUAAGCGUAUCCCUUUCGGCUUCAAGCAUCGCACUCUGCCUCACUUCAUCAAAGAUGACUAUGGUCCAGAGAGUAGAGGGUUUGUGGAGAACUCCUACCUGGCUGGACUUACACCUACAGAGUUUUUCUUCCACGCCAUGGGAGGAAGAGAGGGUCUGAUCGACACAGCUGUGAAAACUGCUGAGACAGGUUAUAUUCAGCGUCGUCUGAUCAAGUCUAUGGAGUCUAUCAUGGUGAAGUAUGAUGCCACAGUGAGGAACUCCAUUAACCAGGUGGUGCAGCUGAGAUAUGGAGAGGACGGUCUGGCAGGGGAGGCUGUAGAGUUCCAGAACAUGGCCACUCUUAAGCCCUCUAACAAAGCUUUCGAGAAAAAGUUCAAGUUUGACUAUACCAAUGAGCGAGCUCUCCGGCGCACCCUACAGGAAGAUGUGUUGAAGGAUGUGAUGACCAAUGCACAUGUGCAGAGCUCUCUGGAGAGAGAGUUUGAAAAGAUGAGGGAAGACCGAGAGAUUCUUAGGGCCAUUUUUCCUACUGGAGACAGCAAGGUGGUGCUGCCGUGCAAUCUUGCCAGAAUGAUCUGGAAUGCACAGAAGAUUUUCCGCAUCAACACACGAACUCCAACUGAUCUGAACCCUUUAAGAGUGGUGGAGGGUGUGCAAGAGCUGAGUAAGAAGCUGAUAAUUGUAAACGGUGACGACCCACUAAGCAAGCAGGCCCAGCAGAAUGCUACAUUGCUCUUUAACAUCCAUCUGCGCUCCACCCUCUGCUCCAGGCGAAUGACUGAGGAGUUCCGCCUUAGCACGGAAGCCUUUGAGUGGCUGCUAGGGGAGAUUGAGACAAAGUUCAACCAGUCUAUUGCUCACCCAGGUGAGAUGGUAGGUGCUCUGGCUGCUCAGUCUCUGGGAGAGCCUGCCACCCAGAUGACCCUGAACACCUUCCAUUAUGCCGGUGUGUCGGCCAAGAACGUCACCUUGGGUGUGCCUCGUCUCAAAGAGCUGAUCAACAUCUCCAAAAGGCCCAAAACUCCUUCCCUCACAGUGUUCCUGUUGGGCCAGGCGGCUCGUGAUGCCGAGCGAGCCAAAGACAUCCUGUGUCGCCUGGAGCACACUACACUGCGCAAGGUCACUGCCAACACUGCCAUCUACUACGACCCCAACCCACAGAGCACGGUGGUGGCUGAGGAUCAAGAGUGGGUGAACGUUUACUAUGAAAUGCCCGACUUUGACGUGACCCGCAUCUCGCCCUGGCUGCUGCGUAUCGAGCUGGAUCGCAAACACAUGACUGACCGCAAGCUGACCAUGGAGCAGAUCGCAGAAAAGAUCAAUGCAGGAUUUGGUGAUGAUCUGAACUGUAUUUUCAAUGACGAUAACGCUGAGAAACUGGUGCUGCGAAUCAGAAUAAUGAACAGCGAUGAGAACAAAUUCCAGGAGGAUGAGGAGGUGGUGGAUAAGAUGGACGAUGAUGUGUUUUUGCGGUGCAUUGAAUCCAACAUGCUGACCGACAUGACCCUUCAAGGCAUUGAACAGAUCAGCAAGGUGUACAUGCAUCUUCCUCAGACAGACAACAAGAAAAAGAUCAUAAUCACAGAGGAUGGUGAGUUUAAGGCCCUGCAAGAAUGGAUUUUGGAGACGGACGGUGUCAGUCUUAUGAGAGUUCUAAGUGAGAAAGACGUGGACCCUGUCAGGACCACCUCCAACGACAUUGUGGAGAUCUUUACUGUGCUCGGUAUUGAGGCAGUACGCAAGGCUCUAGAGAGAGAAUUGUACCAUGUCAUCUCCUUUGAUGGUUCAUAUGUCAACUACCGUCACCUUGCCCUGCUCUGUGACACCAUGACUUGCCGAGGUCACCUGAUGGCCAUCACCCGUCACGGCAUCAACAGACAAGACACUGGACCACUCAUGAAGUGUUCUUUUGAAGAGACGGUGGAUGUAUUGAUGGAAGCAUCCUCCCAUGGAGAGUGUGAUCCUAUGAAGGGAGUGUCUGAAAACAUCAUGCUGGGACAGUUGGCUCCUGCUGGCACUGGCUGCUUUGACCUGCUGCUGGAUGCUGAGAAAUGCAAAUAUGGCAUGGAGAUUCCCACCAACAUCCCUGGUAUCAGUGUUGCUGGACCAACGGGAAUGUUCUUUGGCUCUGCUCCCAGUCCCAUGAGUGGCAUGUCUCCUGCCAUGACCCCCUGGAACACAGGUGCUACCCCAGCUUACGGUGCCUGGUCACCCAGCAUGGGAAGUGGAAUGACUCCCGGGGGUGCAGGCUUCUCACCCAGCGCUGCAUCCGAUGCAAGUGGCUUCUCUCCAGGCUACUCCCCUGCAUGGUCUCCUACUCCUGGCUCUCCUGGCUCUCCUGGACCAGCCAGCCCUUACAUUCCCUCUCCAGGUGGUGCCAUGUCUCCAAACUAUUCCCCCACCUCUCCAGCCUAUGAGCCACGCUCCCCUGGAGGAUACACACCACAGAGCCCUGGCUACUCCCCAACGUCUCCAUCUUACUCUCCAACUUCUCCUUCAUAUUCUCCAACCAGCCCCAACUACAGCCCUACAUCUCCGUCUUAUUCUCCAACCUCACCCUCCUACUCCCCAACGUCACCGUCUUAUUCUCCUACCUCUCCAAGCUAUUCACCGACUUCACCCUCCUAUUCUCCAACAUCUCCAUCUUAUUCUCCAACCUCACCAUCAUAUUCACCCACUUCGCCUAGUUACAGCCCAACCUCGCCCAGCUACAGCCCAACCUCACCCAGCUAUAGCCCUACAUCACCAUCCUAUUCUCCAACAUCGCCAUCUUAUUCCCCGACGUCACCUUCUUAUUCCCCGACGUCACCCUCUUACUCACCAACAUCACCCUCUUACUCACCAACAUCGCCAAGUUACAGCCCGACUUCACCAAACUACACCCCUACUUCCCCCAGUUACUCACCAACAUCUCCAUCUUACAGUCCAACUUCCCCUUCCUACUCACCCACUUCUCCAAAUUACACCCCCACCAGCCCAAACUACUCUCCAACAUCUCCUUCUUACUCUCCUACUUCUCCAUCCUACUCUCCAUCCAGUCCACGUUACACCCCUCAGUCCCCCACUUACACCCCAAGCUCGCCCUCUUACAGUCCAAGCUCCCCGUCGUACUCCCCAACGUCUCCAAAAUACACCCCCACCUCUCCAUCCUACAGCCCCAGUUCUCCAGAGUACACACCCACUUCUCCCAAAUACUCACCCACUUCACCAAAGUAUUCACCCACUUCACCCAAGUACAGCCCAACCUCUCCCACAUACUCGCCUACCACGCCCAAGUACAGCCCAACUUCUCCUACCUAUUCUCCUACAUCUCCCACCUACACCCCAACCAGCCCCAAAUAUUCCCCCACUUCCCCAACCUACUCCCCAACUUCACCCAAAUACUCCCCCACAUCCCCUACGUACUCGCCCACUAGCCCUAAAGGCUCCACGUACAGCCCCACAUCUCCUGGCUACAGCCCCACCUCUCCAACCUACAGUCCAGCUAUCAGCCCUGAUGACAGUGAUGAGGAAAACAACUGAAGCUGACUGGUGGGGAGGAGCCACUAUAUGUACUUAUGCUUUUAUGACUGACCCUUUGACCCUGGGAGAAAAGACAAAAGUGUUGCCGUUUGGCAUGAGUCAUCAUUGUGAUUCAGAGAAGAAACGAAGGAACCUGGGGUCUCACUUGUGAAAAUUGUUUUGAAAUCUUUUCUUUUUGGACCUGUUGGACAAUUCUUAUACAGCCUUUGCAAACAGGCUCUGUAUUUACUAUGUUAUGUCAUAGAUUUGAACUUUAAAAAUGGCUGCCUUUUGACUAGACUUCUUUAUUAUCGUUUAAGUUUCAUGGGUGCAGUUAUUGUAUAGUAACUUACCCCACAAUUGGUAAAAAUCAAGGGAGGACUUGCGUGGUUACAACACACACCCCUCCUCAAUCCAACCGUCUGUCAGUCUGAACUUCAGUGUUGGAUGUAAAGGAAAUCAAAGAAAUGAAAGUAUUGCCAAAAGCCUUCAGAAGGAAAAUAGUGGGUUGUAUCUGCAGAUGGAAUUUUGAAAUCACUAUAGUUGACUAGUGAGGUGUGCAGAUAUGACAUUUACUGAAACGUAUCUAAUGUCGACUUGUUUUUGCUCUGUAAAUAUGCGCUUAUCAGUUUGUUUAUCCAUGUAAAUGGAAAGAAUCAACUGAACCUCUUCUAAUGUUAAUCAUUUUGAGCCAGAUUUGAGUUCAUGAAGUUCAGUUUGAGGAAUCGAUUGGUUAAAGUUCUUUAUACAUUAGAAUUUUUAACAUGAGCCUUUAUGCAGAUUUGUGUAGUAUACACAGCAAACACUCAUACUAGCCAGUAGCAUGGAAGAAAGGGUCAUAUUGGAUGGCCACUUGCAGGAGAGUCAAAGGUAAUCAUCUUGAGGCGUUUGUUUGGCGUCACCCUGUUUCUCCUCCCCUUUUUCCCCUGUAAAUAUCUCCUUCAAAGAUGCAAGCCUUAUCUUUCACCAGCGUCCAAUGAACCAAUUUUGAAUAACCGUGAAACGAAGAGAAAGUGAUGGCCAGCAAUCACAUGCCUCUGAAGAGACUAUUGGUAGUUCUGUUUUUGUUGAUUUUAGAGUGAGAUUGUGGGAGGAGAGGUGUGGUCAUAGAUGCACUGGUUUGCAAAAAUUGCACCAGGUAAUGUUAUUUGCAUCUGCUUUUUACCUUAAUCUUCCUUGAGACCACCUCCCCUAUCAGUAUCUUCAUUUUCUGAUUAGCAUGUGUAUAAAUGCUCAUCUCUUUUUGAGUCACUUAUUUAAGCAAGAGCAAUAUUCUCUUGGGUGAAUUCCUGAGGGAAAUUCAUUUUUUCUCUUUUUAUUUAAUUGUUUUGGCUUUAUAGGUGUUGCUUGGGUCAGGGUUUACUUUUGGAUUGAGUUGUGGAGAAGAUGAUGUUCCUUCAGAAUAUAUGCAGGUUCCUAUAAGCCACUUAUUUCUAUAGACCUAUAAAACUAAAGCGAUUUUUAUAUGAUCAUGCCAUGCUUUUAUGCAGAACAAAUGCAGUUUCUUUUCCUUUCUGUUUGUGAUCACUCUAGUGUCUGCAGUUAUACAGGUAGCAACAGCAGGGGGCAGCAAAGCCAUUUCAACAACCAAAUGACUUUGGAGAGUGAAGAAUGUGGUUAAGAUUGUCAGAGGGUGUGGACUUGAAACAAGUGGACAAUAAGCCUAUCCCCUGAAUCCUGGUUAAAGAGCUGAAUCUUAACUGUAAAUCUAAUGCAUUCUGUCUGACAUCUGUCAUACCGGCAGGUGGAACUGGUUCCCUUUCAGGUCCAGUACCCACCUUCUCCCCUUCUGUCCAAAUGUAGCCCAAGACUUUGUUAAAUCAGUGUUUGCCGCUUUGUUUUCUUUUUUUGUUUAAAAGUGUCUGUUCCUGUGAUUUGGGGUUGGGGAGGGUGGGAGGGCUUUAAAAAUACUGUAUCAUAUUGGGAACCUGUGUCCAGGAAAAGUUUCUUUUAAGUUUAUGGAAGCAGGAUUUAUUCCUGACAUGAAUGGCUUCUCUUGCUGUUUAGACUGGUGGCUUGGCUAAGCCUGUGUUAUGAAGAACAGCAGUUGUUCCUUAUUUACUGACCGCUGGCUAACUGUUUCAGAAUGAGAGCUUUGCCUCGAUGAGCGAUGCCCAGGUUUGGGCUUGCAUUGUACAAAAUGUUAGAUUUAAGGCCUUAGAUUACACUGGUGAGAGCAGGUUUUUCAGUGUCUCUCUGACGCCCUAGAUUGCCUUCAGUUUCAACGAUGUUUCUUAAAGUUUCAUUUGAUUUUUAUGCACCCAGACCCCCAGUAGAGUGCGUGAGCGUUUGAGUGAGUGUAAGUUUGGAGGAGUGUGUGUGUGUGCGCAUUUGUGUAAAUUGAGAUGGGGUUUUCUUCAGUUUGAGUAAAUACUGGGCUGGGUUUGAGGGGAAAAGGAAGAUUUAAAUUAAAUUGCCACUGUAUAGAAAAUGACUUAAUUCUCUGUAUCUGUUUUGUUUGUUUCUGACUUGGUAAAACAAUAAAAGUUUGUCUACACA